GCCAUCGCCAUGGAAACAGCUGCACAACAUAUUUAAGUCUCUGUACAAAUGUAAUGUUAAAGAGUCUAAUUAAAGAAGGUAGUUCUCAAGGUGACCUUCCCUCAGAGUGAAGGAUAGCAGCUCUUAUUGAUUUUCGGGAGCAGAUGCGUGGGAUGUCAGAAGAUGGCAAGUGUAAGGAGACCAGCAAGUUCCAGCACAACUGACAGCAAGACUUCUGGGAAAACUGAAGGGAGCAGAAGACCAUGCAGUGCUUCCCCUGGCUCCCUCCAGAGCAGUCUUGAAGACCUGUUAGUGCAGAAGUACAAUGAAAGGUUUAAUGCAACCUUAACAUCUACGGCUUGUCAUCUUCCCAGGAAAUUCCUAUCUCCUUAUGAAAGCAAGACCUUAAAGGAGUGUAAAAAAAGAAGACAUUCAGCACAUCUUUCUCUAGGCUCUCGCCCACUUUCCACAGCAUUUGCAAUGGGGUCACAGUCUCGAGAUUGCCACUCAGAUGAAAACAGUUCAGUCAAAAGCAAUGAGGGAGCAUCAGAGUGCAACAGCAGUACAUCAAACAGUAUAAACAGGACAGGGCCCAUAUUGCCUUCCAAAGGCAAGAGACCUUUCAGUGCUCCCGGAUCUCAGCUCAGGAGGUCACUUCAUUUUUCAAGAAAGUCUCCAGUCUUUAAGUAUAAGCCUUGGAUAAUUAGAGUAAUUGCUUACAAGAAUGGAUCAAGAUGUACCUUUGCCAGAGUCACUGCCCCCAACAUGAAUAUGUUGUUGGAAGAAUGCACCAUUAAGCUCAAGCUGAACACUGCAGCCCGGCGGGUUUUUCUGGCAAAUGGUGAAGAAGCAUUUGAACCAAAAGACAUUCCUCAUGAUGCUGAUGUUUAUAUUUCAUCUGGCGAAGUGUUUGUGGACCCAUUUAAAGAAGUGAAAGACCAUCUGUCAUUGGCCAAGGAGGCUAGUUGGACGAUGAACGGCGUGGUGCUCCCUAAUGAUGCCAAACGUGGAAAAACCAAAGUCAGCCUCUCGCAGCGUUUGAGACGACUGAGUGAGAAGACAGCCAUGAGGGUUCUAGUAUUUAAGAACGGAACGGGGAGGACUGGUUAUGAGGUCACCUCUGCGAAGGAUCAGAUGGAAAAGUUCCUAGAUCUUUGUACUGAGAAGUUAAACCUCACAUCACCAGCGAAAGUCCUCUAUGACUGGGGAGGAAAUCGAAUUGAAGACAUCAGCCAUAUUCCUUUCCUUGACAGCUGUCUGCAGAAUUCCAUUACACCUCUGCGAGGACCAGUCUGGGUCUCUAAGGGAGAGUUAUUCAGUCCUACAGGAGCUAAACUCUACAUCCAGGGAGUUUUGUGGGCCUUACAUCAGAAGCUGAAGCCUGCUAAGGACCAAAUCAAACAGCUGAAUUUUGCGCUAGAUAACAGUCCAGAGAAAGUUCUGAAAAAAGAGAUUCUCUCUCUGACCACAGAAGAGCUGUACAGUGCACAGGAAAGUGUGGACAAGCUGAUUGAUGAAUUACAAACUGCUAUCAAGAAGCACAAGGGUCAGCUCUCAAAACUCGCCCAGCAAUUACAGGCUGAAGAGGAGCAACACAGUAGCUAUGUGUUCCAGCACAUUAAACAACUUUCACCCAACUCCAAUUCCCCGCAAGGCCUGCAGCUAAAAGUUUAUGAAAAUGGACAGGAGACUGGAGAGACAGUUGUUCACAUCAGUAAAAUAGAAAUGGAAAAGGGGUGUGGCAGUGACAUAAAUCUUAUGAUGAACCGGCUACUGCAGAUGAUUCAUCAAAGAGUGCAGUCUUCCCCAGGUUACAGCCCCUCAGGUCUGAAGCUUAUCCCUGCUUGUUUGUUUGAUGAACAAGGAACAGUAAUACGGAAUCCACUUCUCCUUCAAAAUGAGCAAAAGGUUUGGGUGUCAUACGGCGAAGACUACCGGUCACCCUAUAACCCUGUUCUGAGCCUGACAUUUGACAGGGUAGUAGCAGUCGGCGAAGCAGACGACAGAGCCGUGUUCAAAACUCUUUUAGAUCCGGGUGUUGAACUACCAGCAGGUUUGAAAAAGUGGGAGGUAUGUGUUGGAUUUCCAUCUAACUACCACCCCAGACAGCUUGGGAGUCAGCAGCUCCAGGAAAGAGUGGAUUUAAACUCCCAUUUCUUACAGCUUAAGGAGAAUCCACAGAUGAUCUUGUGUCCCUCCGUUCAUAUUGAAAGAAGAAGCGGAAUAUCCCAGCCGAGGCAGAAAAGUGAUCAAAGCCAGAAUGCAGCAGUGUCACCUGUUUGGCCUUUAUCUCAUGUGUGGAUAAUCACAAAGACAGGAGCAAUCCUGAGCAAAGCCAUGCCACAGUUCUGCCUUGCUGUCUCUGCACUGCCAAUUACAUUGAAAGCUGAGGAUGGGACGUCUUUAGAAUUAUAUAAACUGAGCAUACAGAAAAGGAUCAAAGGUUCCAUAUAUCAGAAGUGGGGCUUUGGAAAAGAUGGUCACAUUUUUUCUGUGGCCCACUCAGAAUUUGUCCUGACCUACCUGGAGGAGCUGAUUGUAAGAGAGGUGACCCAGACAGAGAGGCACAAUCACCAUGGGGCCUGGUCUGCACAACGGCAGGAGGCAGACAACACUGCUGCUGAAGAGGUUUCAGGAUACAAUGUCAGUGACACCAAUCAGAAGCAAGUUCCAUUACCCAUAGACACCCAGCCAAUGCCGCCAGGAGCCCUGGGGGAGAGUGCCCAGCUGACAGUGGCACUAGUGAGGAAACGAGAAGACAAACAGCCCCAGGCCUCAGCUCAAAGAUGGGCUAUCAAACAAGAGGGAAUUCACAAACUAGGUCAAUGGAAGCACUCGAAAGUGGAGAACCCACAGUGGAACAAGCUCAUGUACAUGUGGCCUCUGCUGCCGAAUGGAGAGCUGAAUGAGGAUUUCAACUGGCCCCUUGAAGGGUUUCUGAUACCUAAUGCUCCUCCACUGACAAACCCGCCCAGCAGGAGGCAGAAGUCGUACCUGCCUGUGAGGCUGAGAGUCCUGAAGAAUGGAGAGAGAGAGGAAACAAAGGCCAUCACCGUUACAGGACCAGACAUCACCAACAUGCUCAGAAACCACAGGAAUUCUGCGACCAGUUCAAAGAAGCAGAAAGUCCCAAAGGACAGGCCGAAUUGCCUUGCUUUGGAAGAUGAUGGUUCAAUAAAAAUUCAUAGGCUAGAGCUUCAGCAGUUUCUUGAAAGAUGUACUGUGUUGCUGAAUUUGCCAUUUGCAGCUCGGAAGCUGUUUGACAAGGAUGGGAAGGAGAUUUCUUUACUCAAAGAUCUACAAAGAGACCAACUGGUUUAUGUUUCUUGUGGAGAACAAUGGAUUGAUCCUCAGCUGACCCGGAAAGAGCAGGAGAAACGCUUGAUCUUAAACAGCCUGGAAUCAGAUGUGGCUGUGAUCCGCAACUACUGUGCCAUGCGCAAGCAACAUGACCUUGUUCUGGAGGUGGCAGGAGAGGUGAUGGAGGGAUCACAGCUCACUGUGGCAGAAUGCUGUGUGGAAUUGGAUAACAAGGACCAAGAGGAGUCGACUGAUGUACACCAUACGGAGGAGAGGGGAGAUAAAAAGAACAGCGAAGAUGUCAUGAAUGAGUUUCCGGAAGACUCACAUACUAAGGCCCACCGAAAACUUGAAGAAAGUCGCUCAGUUUUUAAGUAUUCAUGGCAAAAAGAACCUGAAUACCCUGAAGAAAAGGCAAAUGGAUCUGAGGAUGAGAAAGCUAACAUGAAGCACAGGCUGCAACCAAAACAUGCGCGAACACUGCGGACUCAGCGGCAACAGUUUAGUUUCUGCGGUGGGCAAUUUGUGUGCUGCGGGUCGCCUGGUCUGGCUCUCGGGGUGCAGGGAGAGGGGGCCCAGCCGGGGAUCCCCAUCCGGCUGGUGCAGCAGAACCCCAAUGAUACCAAUCAGCGCUGGAUUCUCCGAGAGGAAGACCGGACUUUUCACCUGAUGGGUAACCCAGCUCUAGUGUUAGCUGUCUCUAUGCCAAAGAUAAAGCCCGGAGACACUGAAUCCAGAGUUCAAAUCCCAGGAUGUUCAGUUGUGCUUCAGAAAUACAAACCCUACAGCUAUGGAGCAGCCAAUCAGAAAUGGGACUGGAUCCCAGAACUGAAGGUGUUGAGUGCCUUCUAUACCACGGAAACUGACCAGGAGAUCACAGCAGCCAAUCAGGCCUCAGUGUGCACUUACUCCAUCUCUGGCCCAGAGGAGCUCCAUCAGCAGGGCUCUUACUUCACACUCCCGGGUCAGAGUGGAAAGACUACAGUGUGUGCAGCAUGCUCCAGGGCAUUAAGAGGGAAAAGGAUCUUGACUAUACUGCCCCCUGACUCAUCGUUCUGCUGCGCCACUGGUCAGAGGGAGAGUGGGCUGGGUCACUCAGGCCCAUUCAGAAGCCUGAGUGUCACCAAAACUGACCUCUCUAUGUCAGAAGCAGAGAACACUUUGCAGUACUUGGAGGAGAUGUUGCAAUCUUUAAGGAAAGAGACUUCAGUGCAGACAAUUGCUAAAGAGAUUUCUACAGCCAGGACACUCCACCCUGUGAAGAUCUUGGCUUACAGGAAUGGGCAUGGCAAUGAGGGUGGACAGGUAAUAACUGCCACUACAAUGCCAAUGCUGCUCUCAAUGUGUACACAUAAGCUUCAGCUGCCCAGGGCAGCCUCCAGGCUGUAUGUGGUGGACGGAACACAGAUUCUCACAGUACCUCAGCUAAAGGCAUGGUCUGUGAAUGAAUGCUUCCAAGAAGACAGCACAGAUGAAAAAGAGGAGGCUGAUUCCCCUGUAAACACAGAGGAUACGGAUGACCUGACAAAGAGUGCAAAGCCCAGUGGGAAGGAGAAAGGCAGCUCCAGAGUUGAGCUCUUUCCUCAGGUGACAGCAGAAGACCUUGACAAUAUAGAUGAGACCCUACUGACUCUGAUUUUAAGAACCCCUAUCGAUGUGUGGGUGUCCUGUGGGGAACCGUUUCUUCCGAUUCAUGCUCUGCACAGAAAGAAGAGAAUGCAGAAGGAGAACUGGCUGCAGAAGGAGAAGGUCCUGGCUGAUCUAGUCAUUAAAAGACAUAAAAUGAGGCACCUGCAAGGAAGGCGAAUGACCAGCUUGCAACCAGCCUGCAUGAUACCGACUCAGAAUCCCAUCCAGCCAGUUGUCAUUGAAGGCGGAUGGACAGAGGCAUCCCAGGAGGAAGUGAAGCUGAUGGAAGAUGUGCAAAAUGUAGAGGUGCAGCUCUCAAAAGUCAAGGCCAAGCAGGCAAAGAACAGAAAACCAUUUCUGAAUAAGCUAGUCAAGGACCCAAGACAAUUAUACGACCAGCCUGAUGUUAAAAGAGUGCUGAUCUAUAGAAAUGGGGAUCCUAAACAGGUCACUUAUGUCUGGGGAAAAAACAUUGAAGAGCUGCUGGCUAAUUCUACAUCCAAAUUAAACCUGAUCCAUCCUGCUGUGAUCCUUUACACUCCGGAUGGCAAACACCUAACGACUUGGGAUGAAAUUGAAAGAGAUGCACUGAUCUGCGUAUCUUCAGGAGAAACUUUCAUAAGCACUAAAGAACAUAAGCAGAAAAUACAAAUCAGAGCCAACUAUGCACGAGUCAGAAAAGCCUAUGGCCCUGCAGCAACAAACAUUGUGGUCGAGGCGAAGGAGAACCCCAGAGUCAAUGUGGACACUAAUAGAUGUCUGGCCCUUCCUUACAAAGAUGAUUGCACAUAGAUAAUGAGAAACAAUGAAAAAUGAGGACAACACAAUCUCUAUAAAAGUGGAUUUCCUGCCUCAAUUAAAUUACUGUGCUAAACUAUGUGUAAAAUUUUUAGAACAUUUCAGAUUUCUUUCAUUUAAUUAUACUCUCUACAAUUGUUUUAGGUUCUUAUAUCACCUAUGUAGAUUCAUUUCUGACAUUAAAAAAGUCAGUAAAUUACCUCACA